GACAUUGCGCGGGGAAGAACACGACAUCAACAUGGAUACCCUCGCGAAGUCGAAGUCGGGGCUCGAAGCGAUCACAGAGGCGAUCGUCAUCUUGAAGGCCUUCUACGCAAAGGGCGCCAAGGCCAUCUCUCUGGCGCAGGCCUCGCCUGUGGACGAGGACACCGCAGGCCCUGGCUUCACGGGCAACUACGGGGGCAAACAGGUCGCGUCCAAGGGCAUCAUCGGCAUGUUGGCGGUCAUCAAAACGGACUUCGAGCGCACGAUCAAGAUGACCAGCGACUCGGAAAAGAAGGCGCAGGCCGACUUCGUGGAGUUCGACCGCGUGUCCAGGGCCCCCGCACUCGCGCUGGGCCGGCCGCUCGCCCUUCCAGGCGGCCGCGGGCGCGCGAACGCGGUUGGGGACUCCCGAUGGCGCUGCGUAAGUAAGUAAGGAGCAGAGGGAGAAGGAGAAGGGAGGAAGGAUGAGGUUGGAGGAGUGAGCGGGUCAACCGUUGUCCACCCCUGCCCCUGCGGGUCCGAACGGCACCGGAGCAUCACGCCUUCCACCGCCACGCCGAUGGACUGCACUGUGAUAAGUCACGGCUUCACACGUCCACGGUGUAGAAAGAUUCCGGUCCAUGAGUUUGUGCGAAGCUAUUGGCGCGAGUUUCGGACCAUCCGUUUGCGGCAGGUUCGCGUCGCGUCGGCGCCGCAACGACCUUGGCGUGGGGCGUCGAUCGGAGGGCCGCGACCGAAGCCAACGCCCAGGUCGACACCACGCGGGCCUGCCGUGUGUUGUAGGGCAGGAUAGGCCAGAACUCUUUGAGAAGGCCGCGACGCCCGAGACAUCCUCCAGAGCAGCCAGAUCUCAGAGAUUCUCGAUUUAUCCUCACCCGAUUGCAUUAUCGUCCUGGUUUCGUCUUGAAUUACUCGAGUUCGCGCGCACACAAUGCUAGGUCGUUCCCGCUGGGUCGUCCCCGCCUCUCCGUGCCGGGCUCGACGCGAGGGCCGCCAGGAGCAGCCCUUUACCACGAGGCGAUACUCGCCCAAUAUCCCCACCAAGUUCCAUCGCCAUCGUUCGUUGAAGCACGUAUUACUCCCAGGUUGCAUGUUGUGCAGGCCUUGCGGCCGGUGCCGCCGACGGGGUCCCCCGGGACCCGGGGGUCCAUUUUGGGACCCGGGGCCAAUCUUAG